GACAAAAAGGUUUCCUGAACCAUGUAGACAGUGUGGUGGAUUUCUACAAGAAACAGCGGGAUGCAAUGCUUGCUGCGGCAGACAAGUGGCUAAAAGUCUGGAACCGUGAAUUGCCACAACACAAUGGAUUACUCUCAUUUCCUGUCCAGUGUAAGUGCAGCAAGGAAAACAAACACUGUAAGAAUGACAAAUGAACUGGUAGAGAUGAUGCCCUCCAUAAUCAUGCUUUCUGGAGGUUUGCCAAACCCGGACUAUUUCCCAAUCAAAACAGCAAGUAUCUCCCUUGUCGAUGGAACAACCAUUGAAAUUGGGGAAGAACUGAUGAAGAGAGCUCUCCAGUACAGUUCUGCAGAUGGAAUUCCAGAAUUAUUGUCAUGGUUAGAAAAAUUACAGAUGAAACUCCAUAACCCACCAACAGCUUCAUAUGCUCCUGAGAAAGGCCAAAUGAAGAUAUGUGUCACUGCAGGCAGCCAAGAUGGACUCAGCAAAGUUUAUGACAUGCUCCUCAACCCUGGAGAUAAUAUCCUUUUAGAUGAUCCAAACUUCACUGGGACACUAGCAGCGCUGCAGCCCUUGGGAUGCAACAUGAUCAAAGUCCCUAGUGAUGCUCAUGGAAUCAUUCCAAAAGCCUUAGAGGAGAUUCUUUCCAGGUGGAAAUCCGACAAAGUGCGUAAGCCCGGUAACAAGAUCCCCAAGUUCCUGUACACUGUUCCCAAUGGUGGCAACCCUUCUGGGAGCUCCUUGACAGCAGACCGCAAGAAAGAGAUUUACCAGCUUGCCCAAGAAUACAACUUUCUUAUCAUAGAGGAUGAUCCAUACUACUUCCUCCAGUUUGAAAAGACAAAAGCGCCAUCCUUUCUUUCAAUGGAUGUUGACGGCCGAGUCAUCAGAGGGGAUUCUUUCUCUAAGGUUGUCUCUGCUGGGCUAAGAAUAGGCUUUCUAACAGGACCUGAACCUCUUAUCAACAAGGUUAUCCUACAUAUACAAGCUUCAACAAUGCAGACCAGCACUUUUACACAGAUCCUCAUAUUCCAACUUCUUAAAAAGUGGGGGCAAGAUGGUUUUCUGGAGCAUGUGGAUAGAGUAUCAGAAUUAUACAAAAAACAGAGAGAUGCAAUGCUGGCUGCAGCAGAGAAAUGGUUGAAAGGUUUAGCAGACUGGCUUGUCCCUAAAGCUGGUCUGUAUUUAUGGAUUAAAAUUAAAGGGAUUUCUGACACAUAUCCGAUGAUCAUGGAAAAAGCAUUGAAGAGAAAGGUAUCUUUGCUUCCUGGGUCAGCUUUUAUGACGGAUUCCUCAGAACCAUGUCCCUAUAUCAGAGCUUCCUUCUCUUUUGCUUCUCCGGAUCAAAUGGACCAGGCUUUUCGGACGCUGAGUGAACUUAUAAAGGAAGAAACUCAAUGAAAUCUACGGCAAAUUGGCAGCAACCAAAAACCUUCACUGGCUGUCAUUCAGAAACUAUCUCUCUAACUUCACUGGAUAAGCUGUCCAUUAAGACUUUAAUUGUAUGCCUGCCAUCCACGAUUUUUAAAUCUCAUGCAGCUGCUUUUGCAAAAGCAGCAGCCAACAUGUUAUUAUAGUAAUAUUGUAAUGUUGUACUUACUAUAAUUCCUUACUUGUG